GCGCGUCACUCAAACACACGAUCGCGCACUGUAGAUACAAUCCAGCAUGGCGGAGCGACGUUGAAGCAAAACAAACGAAGAUUUUUUUUUUUGGCCGUUUUGACAUUAUAAUCAUAUACGGACUUUUCAACUUUAUUCGCUUAAAUGAAUUAAUCAUCUUAAUUAAACGCGCGGAAGACGUUCGUGUCAGACCAAUCUCGCAAAAUCGAAAUAGUUGCCCUAAAAAUUCCGUUCAAAUUGAACGCAAAGCAUUUCUUUAAUAUUUUAAUAAAGAAUUAGACUAUAAAAUGGAUAAGAAGCAGCAUAAAUCCGACAAACACCAUCAUCAUCAUCAUCAUCAUCGUCGUCGUCGUCAUCACCAGACCUCCAGCAGCAGCAGCGGGGAGUCCGGCGGCAGCAGCCCGGCUCAAGGUGCGCCCAAGGCGGCCAACGCCUUCGCCAACGACGGCAGCUUCAUGGAGAUGUUCAAGAAGAAGAUGGAGGAGGAGGAGCGGAGGAAGAGGGAGACUGAGGAAGAGGAGAAGACGACGAAGAGUCCUGAACAGGCAGGACAGGCGCCACAGGACAAGAAGCCCUUUAACGUGACCAGCUUUGUGGGCAAGCGGAGAGGAGGUGCACGGUUGGCUCUCAAGACUGGAAUGGUGGCCAAGAAACAGAAACUGGACUCGGAGGUGGAGACAGGUAAAGGAGAUGCCUGGACCAAAUAUAUGGCAGAAGUGAAAAAGUAUAAAGCUCAUCAGUGUGGAGAUGACGAUAAAACCAGACCGCUGGUCAAAUAGACUGAACUGCUUCCUGAACGCCACAGGCAACAUCACUCAUCAUAACUCAUACAAACAUUAUUUGUCAUAUUCUCCCUCACUGUUGUCCUUUUGUUAAUUAGAGUCGUUUCAAGGUUGAGUUUGAUCUUGUGCAUCAUAUGUGACUGAUGGAUUCUCAUUAUUUUUAAGAAGUUAUUUGCUGCAUAUUGUUUCAUCCAUGGCAUUAGUAAGUCUGUUGAUAUUUUGUACUGUACUUGUUUGGUGCUUGAAUGUCACCUGAUCAAGGUUAAUGAUGAAAUUAAACUCACAGUACUGCGCGCUCAA